GUUUAUAUCGAAACCCUUUUAAUUUGAUUUGAUUUGAUUUGAUUUGAUUUGAUUGUUUGAUCUAUAUUAUCUGUUCGUCGUUACAAGUCAUACGAAGUCAUAUACCACACACACACACACGUACACACAUAAUGUCAAAAUUAGAUUAUAAAACCUUAUUGGUUACUGAUAAGUUUGAAGGGUAUGAAGAUGCUGAAAAAUUCAAAUUAUGGGUCCCAAAGAUUGAAAAAUAUAGAAAAGAUUUAGAUGCUGGUGUGUUACCUGAAUAUAAGAUUGACUUACCUAAACCAGUUGACCAAUUAAUCGAAGAACAAUUCAAUCCUUUGAAAUAUUUAUAUGAUGAAAACCUCUUGACUCCUACCGAAUUUGAAAUUACUGAUAUUUCCGGUACCGAAUUAGUAAAGAGAAUUUCAGAAGGUAAAUAUAGUGCUGAAGAAGUGUUCAAGGCAUAUGCCAAGAGGGGUACUAUUGCUCAUCAAUUCACUAAUUGUGCUAUGGAAUUAUUCCCUGAAGAAGGGUUAAAGAGAGCUCAAGAAUUAGAUGCUCAUUUUAAAUCCACUGGUAAAACUGUUGGUCCUUUACAUGGAUUACCAAUUUCUUUAAAGGAACAAAUGAAUUAUAGAGGUAAGAUCACUCAUGGUGGUUAUGUAUCUAAAUUAACCAACAUUACUUCUGAACAUGGAUUAACUACUCAAAUUUUAGAAGAUUUAGGAGCAGUAUUUUAUGUUAGAACCAAUCAACCUCAAACUUUAAUGCAUUUAGAUUCCAAUAAUAAUAUUACUGGAUUAAGUAAAAAUCCUCAUAAUUUAUUAUUAUCAUCGGGUGGUUCAUCAUCAGGUGAAGGUUCUAUUGUUGCUUUUGGUGGUAGUUCAAUUGGAGUUGGAUCUGAUAUUGGAGGUUCAAUUAGAGGUCCAUCUGCCUUUUCAGGUUGUCAUGGUUUAAGACCAACCACCAGAAGAGUUUCUCUUGUGGGAGGUGUUAGUGGUGGUGCUGGUCAAGAAUCUGUUCCUGCUGUUGCUGGACCAAUGGCUAGAUCAAUUGAUGAUAUUGACUUAUGGAUGAAACAUUAUAUCAAUGAUGGUAAACCUUGGUUGAAUGAUGCAUGGUCAUUACCUUUAUUAUGGAGAGAUGUUCCAAAACCAGAAGCUAAAAGUUUAACUAUUGGAGUUAUGUAUGAUGAUGGAUAUGUUAAACCAACUCCUCCAAUUCAAAGAGGAAUUAAAGAAGUUGUUAAGAAAUUAGAAGCUGCUGGAGUUAAAGUGGUUGAAUUUAAACCACCAAAGAUUUUACAAGCUCUUGAUGCUGUUCAUAAAAUGUAUGCUUGUGAUGGUAAUUAUAUGCAAAGAAAAUUAUUAGCUGCUUCUGGAGAACCAUUAGUUAAAUUAACUAAAUGGUCAUUAAAUUAUGGUGAAGGUGCAAAACAAUUUACCGUGGCUGAAAAUCGUGAAUUAAAUAUGAUUAGAGAUGAAUUAAGAACAGAAUAUACUAAAUUCUUAGUAGAGAAUAAGAUUGAUUUUAUUCUUUCUCCAACUUAUAAUAAUGUUGCACCUCAAUCUGAAGCAUGUUAUAAUUGGUCCUAUACUGCAUUAUGGAAUAUUUUAGAUUUCCCAACUUUGGUUAUACAAACUGGAUUAUAUCAAGAUCCAACCGUGGAUAAAUGGGAUGAAGACCAUAAAUCUUAUCAAUAUAGAAAUAAAGUUGAACAAUUAGAACAUGAAAUCUAUGAUCCUGAAAAAUUUGUCGGUGCUCCAAUUGGUAUUCAAUUAUCAGGUAGAAGAUAUUUUGAUGAAGAAGUUGUGGCUGCUGGUAAGACUAUAGUUGAAAUCUUUGGUACUGAUUUAUUCAAACAAUACUAAAUAGGGUAAUAUAGUUUAACAUUACUGUUUGUGGUAAUUGAUCCUUUUCGUAAAAUCUUGAGGAGAGAGAAAUAUUUAUAUACGGUGUUUACAUUAAUAUUAGAAACUAUAUAGUAUAUUAUAAUGCAAUAGAAUAUUUUUAAAAUAAAAGGAUAGAU